AUGAGUUAUGAACAAUUUCAUAACAUGACAAGUGAACAAAAAGAUCGAAUGUGUGAUGAAGAUGAACUUAGGCAAAGACUUCGUCAAUAUGAAAUGAAAGAGAAUAAUAACGAUGCUAUUACUAAUAAUUCAUUAAAAAGACAUGCAACAAGUGAACGUCCAAGAUAUUCAGAUGAUGAUGAAAUUAUUUGUGACAACAACGAAUUGAACACCGGAUAG